CGUUCGUCGCGGGCCGGCCUGCACCGCGGUGUCCCCUCAGUCGCACCCCAACCUCCCCGGGUCACAGCCAUGACGCUGAGCGAGCCCAUCCUGCCGUCCUUCUCCACCUUCGCCAGCCCGUGCCGCGAGCGCGGGCUCCAGGAGCGCUGGCCACGCACGGAGCCCGACGCAGGUGGCACGGACGAGGACCUCAACAGCGUGUUGGACUUCAUCUUAUCCAUGGGGUUGGACGGCCUGGGCGCCGAGGCCUCCCCGGAGCCCCCGCCGCCCGCCUUCUACUACCCCGAGCCCGGGGCGCCUCCGCCCUACGGCGCUCCCGCGGGUGGCCUGAUGUCUGAGCUGGUGCGACAGGAGCUGGACGCGCCUCCGGGGCCCGCGCUGCACGGCCGCUUCCUCCUGGCGCCGCCCGGCAGGCUAGUCAAGGCCGAGCCCCCGGAGGUGGACGGCGGCGGCGGGUACGGCUGCGCGCCCGGCCUGGCCCGUGGGCCCCAGGGCUUGAAGCGCGAGAGUGCCGCGGGUGCCGCCGCAGCCUGCAUGAGGGGCUCAGGGGGUCGUCCCCCGCCGCCCGCGGACACCCCGCCGCUCAGCCCCGACGGCCCCGCGCGCCUGCCUGCGCCGGGACCCCGCGCCCCGUUCCCACCGCCUUUUGGCGGCCCGGGCUUUGGCGCGCCCCCGCCGGGUCUGCACUACGGGGCACCCGCGCCCGGCGCCUACGGUCUCUUCGACGACGCGGCCGCCGCCGCUGCAGCGCUGGGCCUGGCGCCCCCCGCCGCCCGAGGUCUUCUUACGCCACCCGCGUCCCCGCUAGAGCUGCUGGAGGCCAAGCCUAAGCGCGGCCGCCGCUCCUGGCCCCGCAAGCGCGCGGCCACGCACACCUGCAGCUACACCGGCUGCGGCAAGACCUACACCAAGAGCUCGCACCUGAAGGCGCACCUGCGCACGCAUACAGGUGAGAAGCCCUACCACUGCAACUGGGAUGGCUGCGGCUGGAAGUUUGCACGCUCAGAUGAGCUCACACGCCACUACCGCAAGCACACAGGCCACCGGCCUUUCCAGUGCCACCUGUGUGACAGGGCCUUCUCCCGCUCAGACCACCUGGCACUGCAUAUGAAGCGGCACAUGUAGCCAGAACCUAUUACCCACCCGUGCACUGCCGUGGCGGGUCCCACGCGCCAGGCACGGGCCCCUUUCCAAACUGACUGGUAUUUAUUGGACCCUGAGGACCAGGCUGGGAAGUGUGUGACCACAGAAGGGCUUUUCCUCAACAUGACAAUGACAACACCACCACCACCAGGUCCUUGUGGUGACUGAAGUCUCCAGUGGGAGAAGGCACAAUCUUGAUCCUCUUUGACGAGUUUUGUUUUCAAAAUGGUGCAAUAAUUGUGUCCUCCUUCCAGAGGAUCGGCUCAAUGCCUUGUGAGAAAUCACCCUUAUGUGUACUGUCUGUGACCUUUUAUAAUAUUGUACAUAUUACUGUAAAUAAGGGAGACAGUGGGCAUUUGGACUGCCUGCUUGUUUUUUUUAGAAGACUUUACUGUUUGGGUUUUUUUUUUUAAUUAAAAGAAAGUUUUGCAUCUUUGGAAAAAUCUCA